AAAGACAGACAAAUACAGCACUGUCCCACGUAACGUUGUUGUUUUGCUUUUGCAUCGUUCUCUCUCUCUCUCUUCAUCACCGGUAAACCGCUUUCUAUCUUUCUUCGGCGGUCUCUCUCCGAUCGGCUCGGGAUGAGUACCGGCGACCUUCUCAGCAUCGAGCCUCAAGAGCUCCAAUUCCCUUUUGAGCCGAGGAAGCAGAUCUCAUGCUCUUUGCAGCUGUUCAAUAAGACCGAUAACUAUGUGGCUUUCAAGGUGAAGACUACAAAUCCAAAGAAGUACUGUGUGAGACCCAACACUGGAAUUGUGAUGCCCAAGUCUUCCUGUGAUGUUACAGUUACAAUGCAAGCUCAAAAGGAGGUACCGCCGGAUAUGCAAUGCAGGGACAAGUUCUUGCUCCAAAGCGUGGUGGCGAGUCCCGGAGCUGCUGCAAAAGAUAUAACCCCAGAAAUGUUUAAUAAGGAGUCAGGGCAUCAUGUCGAGGAGAGCAAAUUAAGGGUUGUCUAUGUUGCUCCCCCACGACCACCAUCGCCAGUUCAUGAAGGAUCGGAAGAGGGGUCUUCGCCUAGGGCUUCAGUAUCUGAUAACGGGAACAUUAAUACUUCUGAAUUUACAACUGUGACAUCACGAGCUUUCGCAGCACGACCAGAGCCUCAAGAUAACUCAUCCGAGACAAAGGCUCUCAUUUCAAAGCUGACCGAGGAGAAAAGUUCUGCUGUUCAGCAAAAUAACAAGCUUCAGCAAGAACUGGAGCUCUUGAGGCGUGAAGCCAACAAAAGCCGCGGUGGUGGUAUCCCACUUAUAUUUGUGCUUCUUGUCGGCUUGAUUGGCAUCAUUUUGGGGUAUUUUCUGAAGAAGACAUGACGAAAUUGAGUUUAUCUUUUAUUCCUUUUCUGUUAGCCCAUGAAGUGAGAAACAAAAUGUAGAAAGCCAGAAAAAAACCAGAUGUGUGACUGAUUAGCAUAAGCUCUUGUUUGUUGUAUUUACCAACCUGUGUUGACACUAGGAGUAUUUGAAAUUUGUGGUCGGUCAGGGGGAACUUUUGUUCAUUGUAUUAGCAGUUUCUGAGGUUAGAGAACAUGGUUAAGGGGUUUUAUCGGUUUUUUAAUUGCCCUAGUAAAACUCCAAAUUAUUCA